GCGUGAGAACAGAACCACGCCUUUAGGGGGAGGACUGAAUGUUCCGUCUCUUUCCUUCAUACAAGCUAAGUCAUAUCAGAUAAAUAACGUUGUAGCUGGGCAGGCUGUUUGGGUGGUUUUUAUAAUUUGUAGGAAAGUAGAUUAUUUGUAAAACUGCCUUUAACACUGUGGGGGCGCGUUGAUUUUUAACAGUUUCAUGUUACACAGCUUGUGUAUGGUGUUUUAAUUUAUUUUUUUUGUCGUGGUUUUGCAACUAGUAUUACUUUUAGUUUACCCUGACUUUGCGGCUGUUUUGAUCUGUGCAAUCUCCACAUAUCAUCCUUCCUCACUGCGUUGGGAUUUCAUUGUCAGCAGCAAUGGGUCUUCUCCCACUGGAGUUCAGUGAUUGUUAUUUGGACAGCCCUGCCUUCAGGGACAGAAUGAAGGCUCAUGAAGCGGAGCUGGAAAAGACCAACAGGUUUAUUAAAGAGCUUAGUAAGGAUGGGAAAAACCUCAUCACAGCAACCAAAAAUUUAGCUGUGGCUCAACGCAAGUUUGCUCAGUCACUUGGAGAAUUCAAAUUUGAGUAUAUUGGGGAUGCCAAGACUGAUGAUGAGAAAUGUAUAGAUGAAUCUCUACAGGAAUUUGCUUCUUUUCUCAAAAACUUGGAGGAACAAAGAGAAAUAAUGUUGUUCAACAUCACUGAGACGCUGCUGAAGCCUCUGGAGAAGUUCCGUAAAGAACAGCUGGGGGCUGCAAAGGAGGAAAGGAAGAAAUAUGAAAAAGACACAGAGAAGUACUACAGCGCUCUUGAAAAGGUUUUAAAUAUGUCGGCAAAGAAGAAAGAUCAACAGCUGCAGGAGGCAGACAACCAAGUGGAGGUGAUGAGGCUACAUUUCCACGAGGAGUCGCUGGAAUAUGUUUGCAAACUGCAGGAAAUCCAGGAAAAGAAGAAGUUUGAUUGUGCAGAGCCAAUGCUGGCUUUCUUCCAGGCGGUUUUCACUUUUUAUCAUCAGGGAUAUGAGCUUGCACAAGACUUCAGCCAUUACAAAACAAAACUGCAGAUUAACAUUCAAAAUACAAGAAAUCGGUUUGACGGUACCAGGUCGGAAGUAGAAGAAUUGAUGAAAAAAAUCAAACAAAACCCAGAAGCACACAAGCGGAACAGCCCGCUCAGCAUUGAGGGUUAUUUGUACGUCCAGGAGAAGAGGCCUCCCCCUUUCGGCUCCAGCUGGGUGAAGAAGUACUGUAUUUAUUUGAAAGAGCAGAAGAUUUUUAACAUGGUUUCAUUUGAUCACAGAUCUGGAGGGAAAACGGGAGAACCAGAGUCUUUCAUCCUGAAAUCCUGCACAAAGAAAACAGGAGAUUCUAUCGACAAGAGGUUUUGUUUAGAGCUAGAGGUAGCUGACCGACCAGGUCUCAUUAUCACCGUACAGGCCUUGUCAGAAGACGAUCGGAAGCAGUGGAUGCAGGCGAUGGGAGGCAAAGAACCUGUCUGCAAGUUGGGCAGAACUUAUUCAAAGAGGGAAGGAAUUGAAGCACACCUGGAUGAAGUAGGAUUUUCACUUUUAAAAAACUGUAUCAGCGCAGUUGAGUCCAGAGGGAUUACUGAUCAGGGUCUGUACAGAGUCGUUGGAGUCAGUUCCAGGGUGAUAAAGCUUGUGGGAAUAUUAAUGGAUGAAAAGACAUACAGUGAAGUUGACCUCUCUUCUUCUGAUGAAUGGGACAUAAAAACAGUAACUAGUGCACUAAAGCAAUAUUUAAGGAGUCUUCCAGAACCACUGAUGACCUACGAGUUAUACAAGGAGUUCAUCGUCCCUGCCAAAUGUGGCACUCCGGAGUCCAGAGUAGAUGCAAUACAUUAUUUGGUUUAUAAACUUCCAGAGAAAAACCUGGAGAUGUUGGGAAUGAUAAUGAAACACUUAGCCAAUGUCUCUGCUAACUGCAAACAGAAUCUGAUGACUGUAGCAAAUUUAGGAGUGGUGUUUGGGCCUACACUGAUGAGACCUGAAGAGGAAACUGUGGCUGCAAUUAUGGACCUCAAGUUCCAGAAUAUUGUGGUGGAAAUUCUAAUAGAAAACCAUGAGAAGAUUUUCGGGAGCGCACCAGAUGGAUCUCCCACCACACCUGUGGCCUUGUCCUCUUCUGAGCCCAGUGCCCCGCCCAGGCUGUCCAAGAAGCCGAAUCAGCCUCCAGCGGUGUAUAACCCCAGUGUGGAGCUCCAAUAUGCUGAUUGUCCCAACCCUGUAAAGGACGAGACCUCGAUGGGCAGCACAGAUUCUGUCUCCUCGCAGUCUUCCACUGCUACCACUUCAUCUACCUCCGGCAGCCCUCCAGAGGACCCCAAGAAUCAUUUCAGUACCAAUGGAGGAGACCUCAUGGACUGGGCUAGCAUUUCCUACCCCUCAACGGUUCCACAGAUGAAUGCUUCAUCGCUCACCACCCCUGCCUCUCCAUCGUCAGCCACCUUCUUCUCACCCGAAGGAACGAACAAUGACAAGCCGGGAGAUAGUGUCACAUACAGGAAAGCCAAAGCGGUAUUUUCUUGUGAAGCAGAGCAUGACUCAGAGUUAUCAUUCCCAGUCGGAGCAAUAUUUGAAGAUGUGACUUCUUCCAAAGAACCGGGGUGGCUGGAAGGAAAACUUGAUGGAAAAAGAGGACUUAUUCCAAAAAACUAUGUUGAGCUUCUAUAGCCAAAACGCUGGAGAUAUUGCGGUAUACAUGGUAUCCAUGAUCUUCAAUAGUGACCCCCCCCCCCCCCCUUUUUUUUUCUUUGACUCACUUUUGCAUAUAUUGAUAUGCUUUCAAACACAUGACUAGAACAAUGUGUUUCCCCACUGCAGAACUGCCAAAUAUAAAUACCGUGUUGUCUUAUGUCAGUCUUAAAAUAAAGAGCAGCUUUGAAGAAAUAAAGGUUGGAAUAUAGAGAAAAUAUAUAGAAGCAUUUUAAUGUUUUUAAAAAAUAAAUAUAUCUUUUAAUCAGUGUAACAUUUUAGCAUAAUCAUUAUUCUUUCUCUUUUGAGAAUUAUUUGUAAAGAUGUAGGUAAGAAUUAUUUUAAAGUCUGUAAUGUUGUGCAUUGGUUUAUCUUGCUUGCUUGUCUGUAUAUCUACCAUAUUUGUUUCACUGGAUCAGAGUGCAGCUACUACACAAGACAUACAUGUCACAAGCUGUAAGGACAAAUCUAAUUAUAAAUCUACUUGCAUUGUAAGGUUGUUCUAGUUAGUGAGCUAGAUGCUGGUUGAGUUGAUUUGAGCUCAAAACAUUUUUGUUUAUAUAUAUAUAUAUAUAUAUAUAUAUAUAUAUAUACAUUUCAAAGAAAGUCAGUCUCAACAUUCAGGUCUUUUUUGUAUACAGUAUUUUGUAUUGCAAUGUUAAGUUGUUUAAAAUAUACAUGUUAAAUCCAAAUCUUGUUUUUCACAAAAUUGCAAAGCAGCAGCUACAGUAUUUGCAAAGUGCGAAUUCAUUAUCAGAUUAAAAAGUGCUGAUUCAUGACUGGAUGAUUUAGCACAGACAAUACAUGGGGGUUUUAGUAUGAUGUACCUGGUAAGUUCACUAGUUUACUUCCACACAAAGGGACCCCCCCGCCCCCUUUUCAUAAGUCCCUAUUCGCAAUAUAUUUAUAUUGGUAUCUUCUGGUUUCGUGCACAGAAUUUACGACUCAAUAUAAAUUCAUGCGAAGCUCCAGUUUGGGAACUUAGGCUAUUGAUUUGCAUGAUUCCUGUGGUACCACACAAAUUAACAUACUAUUUUUGAUGUUCACUUAAGCUCUGUAGUUCUUUUUAUUCUUUUUUGUGGGCUCGCAUCAGAGAUAAUUGUUGGGAUAUUGUUAAUGCACAGCAACUGGUGUAGUUUGGAUUUUGUAAAUGCACACAGGGCACUUCUUGCACACAACGACUGCUGUUGAGACACAAUGAUUUGUUGGGGGUUUGUUUUUUUUAAACUGCUGUUCUUACUGGUGUGUGUUUUUGAAUUGAACUUUUAAAUUAAGAAACUGUACAUGUGUUACAUUUCAAAUUUGUUGCUGAUGAAUAAAUAAAUACAAAAAAGUACUUUUGAAAGUCUUGGAAAACGAUUAAUUGUGACAAAUAAAUGUAUGUGUUUGUGAUAUGA